AUGAAGUUCCUCGCCGGUCUCUCCCUCAUUGCCUCCGUGGCUUCCGCCAUCAGCGUUGACUUGACUCAGCGCGGUGGUCCCCUCGACGUCAAGAUCGAGGUCGUCGGCAACACCAACGUCAAGGCCAGCAUCACCAACACGGGCAAGGAGCCUCUUAAGAUCCUCAAGACUGGUUCCAUCCUCGACAAUGCUGCUGUUGAGAAGACUCAGAUCUUUUCUUCCUCCGGCCCCGUCGCCUUCGACGGUCUUCGUCUCCGCGUCGCCGCCUCCCACCUCACCGAGGAUGCCUUCCAGCUGAUCGCUCCCGGCGAGACCGUCUCCGCCUCCUGGGACCCCGCGGAGGUGCACGACCUCUCCUCCGGCGGCUCAUUUGACGUCAAGGUCUCCGGUGCCCUGCAGUACGCCGACGCCGACUCCGUCGAGCUCAAGGGUACCAUUCCCUUCUCGUCCAACAUCGUGACCGCCUCCGUCGAUGGCGCCGCCGCCAGCCAGGCCCGCCGCUCCUUCCACGAGAAGCGCUCCGUCAUCCAAUCCGACUGUACCUCCACCAAGGGCACCGCCACGCGCACCGCCAUGACCAACUGCCGCGCUCUCGCCCUGGCCGCCAGCCAGGCCGCCUCUUCGGGCGCCGCCGCUAAGAUGACCGAGUACUUCAAGUCCUCGACCUCAUCUACCCGCUCCACAGUCGCCAACGUCUUCGCCAAGAUCGCCUCCGAGUGCGGCUCCACCACCGGCGGCUACGCCCGCUACUACUGCUCCGACGUGUACUCCGCCUGCUCUUCGGGCGUUCUGGCCUACACCCUGCCCAGCGCCAGCUACAUGGUUAACUGCCCGCUGUACUUCUCGGGCCUGUCGGCGCUGAGCAAGACCUGCCAUGCCCAGGACCAGGCCACCACUACCCUCCAUGAGGUCACGCAUCUGAGCCAGAUCAAGGGCACGACCGACCAGAGCGGAUGUUAUGGGUAUAGCUGUGUCAAGAGCCUGACUGCGAGCCAGAAUCUGAACCAUGCUGAUACUUAUGCGCUUUUUGCUAAUGCUAUUUACGUUGGCUGUUAA